UAGAAUCGAUUCGGUGUCAGUCGGUGAGUCGACUCUGCGCUGUAGGUGUGAGUGAGGCCAGGGAUGCGCGGGGGCGCGCGUACUGAUUUCCGCGCUGUCAUGACGACGGUGCCUCGAGCGCGGGAUGAGUUACACCGCAACAGCUGCGCGGGAUGAGUUUUAUCGGGAUUAAAGUCGACACGGUUUGUGUGCACGUGCUGGAUUUUUUCCUAGCAUAAAUUAGAGCUCGUGCAUUUUAAAUCAAGAAAUCGACAUGGAGCGCAGAGUCAGCAUCAGACGCGCCACUUCGGCCGGGUACCGCUUACCGGAGCGCCCCAGCGACGCCCUGGCCUCCCGGUCCUCAGUGUCGGUAAAGAGACCUCCGCAGAGCGCGCCUAAGAGCGCGAGCGAGCCGCAGCCGAACUCCGAGUACCGUGACCCGGUAAAGCAGGACCGUGUUUGGCGAGAGCUCGUGCGCGCGGAGAGAGACGGCCUUAAAGAAUGGGAGAAGAACUGGAGUUUUCUGAAAGACUUUGAUCAGUUGGGGAACCCCAGGACGGAGACGCCGCUCCCCAGUUACGUGUCUCUGUACUCCGAAACGCUCCCCAACACCAGCAACCAGAUGUUGGGCAGCCGCGUCUGCACCGAACUCGGCAAAGAGCUGAUGCGAAUGGACAAACUGUUAAUGCUGACGACGAAGCACCAUAAGACCAAACCGAGUCCCGAAAUGCAGCCCUGCUGACGACGGCUCUCGAGGUCUAAACAAACACACACACACACACUCGUCGUUAGUCGAGAAUAAUUUUUGUUUUGAGAAGAAUUUUUUCGCUAGUGAGUAAAAUGUGUUUAUGAAGCAGAUUUUAAACUCAUCUGCUCAAAAUUAGAGAAUAGAAGAGCUUUUAUUUUUCACAUAUACAUUACAGUGUAAUUAUUACUUAGCAUAUCCCAGCUUGCUUGCUAGGGUCAAAGCACAGGGUCAGCCAUGAUAUGGAGCUUCUGAAGCACAGAGGGUUAAGGGCCCUGCUCAAGGGCCCAAAAGUUGGAAUUUAGCAAUACCAAAGGCCCCCAACCUUGCAAUCAGUAACUCAGCACCUUAACCACUGAUCUACCACUCCCCCUAAUUAUUGAACAUCAUUAACUGAACAAAGCAUUCAAAAUGGUGUAAAAAUGGUAGCUAUGGCUAUGUCCCAUUGCAGUGUCUAUAACAACUUUAGCAUCCUUAUACCAUUCUCCAUAUCUCUGUCUUUUCUGCUACAAUGGGCCAAGGAUGGUUAUAGCUGCUAUAACAUUAACAUAUAACAUAUUAUAACAUACUGUAGUAAUAAUAUCAACAUGGCAAGUAAUAACAGAAACUAUCUUGCAUCGCUGACAUUCCACACUUGUAACUUUAAACGGAUACAAAAUUCAUAUGCUUGGUUUAUUAAUAAAUAAAUAAAUACUAAUUUGUAACCCUUAUCAUAUGGCUGCUCUAUGAAAAGAAUAAUCCAUGAAAGGCACAUUAUCAGAUUGCUAAUAAUUACUCAGCUUCAUCACACUUCCCCGGUGUUGAUUCAUUUCCUUUUUUCUUAGCUAAAAAUGCUUGAUAGCGUUUUUCAGAUUUAAAUUUUAGGAUUGUUAAAAUAAUCAAAAAAAUUUCAGGCUGCUAAUUUGACAUUAUAAAAUAAGUCAAAGAGCUUUAAUGUGAGAAAUAAGUCAUUUUUACACCAUUAUGUAGAGUUAUUUUAGUAGUGUCCGUUUUGAGUCAUUAAGGAAGGUUGAGCAGAUGAAGGUCAACAUGUUCUACUUAAAGGCCCAACAAUUGCUCUGGGAUUUUCAGUCACUGUCUGAACUUCUAAACAGGUUGUUUUCAGUUUUUGCUUUAUCAUAUCAUAGUUCGAAAAUGUCUUCUAGACCUUUAACACCUCGUUCUUCAACGAAGGUUAUGCGAUAGUCUGUUACACAACUAAGCGAUUAUGAAAGCUGCAUAUAUGCUUAAAUAUUAGUUCAGCGUUUAUGAAUUUAAAGUGCAUUUAUGUGCUCAGGCAUAUUGUAAGUUUGGCUUCUGUGCCAAGUUCUUUUAGUAAAUCCGGUGCUAUUGUUUUGCUCAUGUGCUUAUAGAAGUGUUUUCACUGAGGCUCAUAAAACUAUAACAAACCAAAGAACUGUGAUUUAUAUAUAAUUUUGAUUUGUAUAACAGGCAUUUAAUGAGUCCAUAACAUGAAAUUUUGAGCAAUUUUUUAAAGCUAUUUUUAAGCUUCAUGUGAAAAUGGCUUUAAAGGAUUGUAUUUGUUAAUAAUAGAGCAUAGCUAAAGCUAACAUGGCUGACACCUGAAGCUAGUUUCAUUACGCUAAAAUAAACACUCAGCCGACCCAACCAACUGAACCACAAAUCACAAUCCUGAUAUAAAAUAAUCCUUUUGAACUUGAUCUAUGAGAUUACAACUCAAAGUUGCCAUGGUGGCUAUCAUAUAUGAUUUAAUAAAUUAAAUCAGAAAUCUGACUGUAAUCUGCUUAACUAAUGCAGCUUUAUGUUUAAAGUUCUAGGAAACAAUCCAUUUUUUUAUAAUGGUGUUCAAUACCUCAUACAAGUAUUUAGUGACCUUUAAUGAGACACAUGAAGCUCGACCCUAGUUUGAGCAUCUUCAGGCUACAUAUCUAGAAUAAAAUUGUGGCAGAAAUAUGUUGUCCAUUUCGUACAGCUUUUGCAUCAAGCUUCUCAGUACCGCAGAUUCCUUCCCCUUAAAUGCAGAGUAUGUAAGGAGCAGGAGAUAAAGUCGUCCUUCAAACUAAAAUUCCUGCACCCCUAAAGUUUCUGAAAGUUUUUGAUUUGCACGUGUUGUGUAAUGAUGACGUGUGUACAUCACGUUCAAAUUUCAUGUUUGACCAUCACAUACACAAUAUUACGAGGUGGUAUCAAAAAGUUUCGACGCUAGUUUUGUAACACGCCAACAGACGGCAGCACAAGGCUGCACGCACAGUCACAGGGAGCACCGAACUUUAUAAGUCAGUGUGCCAAAAGACAUCGUCCUGUGUACAUCAGGAGCUGUGCGACUGGUUCCUAUUCUAACCAGGUACGUUACCACGUCUGCCAUUCUGACCUCCUCACACGUGAGUUUCACGCAGGAAACAGCAUGAUCUCACUUCCACACCCACCUAACUUCACAUAUUUGGCGGCUGCAGACUUCACCCUCUUCCCAAAGAUGAAGACCCAGGUCAAAGGUUGCCAUUUUGACACCAUUGUGGAGAUCCAGCGUGAAUCGCAGAAGGUGCUUGACACGCUUUUUAAAGAAGACUUCCAGGACACAUUUCAGAAGUGGCAGGAACGCUGGGAGCGCUGUAUUGAUGUGCGAGGGGACAAUUUUAAAGGUGAUAGGUAAAUAAAGUACAUUCUUGUAAACAAAGCUAGUCUUGAAUUUUGAAUCUUGAAUUUUAAAACUACCUCAUAUUGUUAUUAUUUUAUUUGGAUUCAUGUUAUUUGUACGUCUCUGUAUGUCAGAAACUCGACACACCUGCAGCAACAGUGACAGUUAAAUAUAAUUUGUACUUUUCCUCCACUGGUCUUAUCACUGACACAGUUAACAGGUCGAACCUUGUUUUGUUUUUUUAGUUUUUUUUUCUUGGCUUAUGUGAAUGUCUUCGAGCAUGUGGGCGUCCAUAUUUUAAUGGCGUGUUGAGGCUUUCAGGGAGAAAAAGAAUGUGGGCGACAGAGGAGGGAUCACAGCGAGCGUCUGCCAUGUUCAUGUCUAAUGUGUUCCACUGAAACAGCUCCGAGUUUGGCUUGACUCACCGCUCGCUGACUCACGCCUCCGUGGAAAACAGGUGCACACGAAGAGGAUUAAUCUGUUGAUGAAACCCACGCUCACAUCUGGGUUUUUUUUGUUGUUAUUGUUAGACUAUUAUUAAAAGUAUAGUGCAGUUUCUAAAAAAAUAGGAAUUAAGAUUUUAUCAUUCUCUGCCAAAUCUUAAUAAAGGAUCUCACAAACUCAAGUUUGGUGUGUCAUUACUUUUUCCUCGGUAGAAUGCUUCGUAUGUGUUUCUACCCAAAAUAUUAGCACAAACCUAGAGGCACACAAUUGUGUCGUAUUUCUUUGUAAUGAAAUUUUCACUUGAGCUUGGGAAACCUGCCCCAACCUGACACAAAAACAACUCCAUAAAAAUAUGCUUUACAUGGAAUGGAGUGGAAGAUCUCCUGUUAUAGAGCUCUGACCCUGUUAAACACCUUUGGGAUGAAUGUAAAAGC